UCUCAACGCAGAGGAGAAAAGCGUAGGAGGGUUCGGAGAGGGUUCGGCGGCGGCGGCGGCGGCGCGAGGGAACCGGCGAUAUGCAGGCACUGGCACGGGCGGCGCGGGGGAUCCCGGGGGCGGCGCGACCGCCAGUGGCGGUGGCGGCGGCGGGGGUGCAGGUGCAGCCGGCGCGGGGGAUCAUGGUGCACGUGAAGGACGGCAACCUGGAGCGCGCGCUGGCGAUAAUGGCGCGCAAGAUGCGGUCGAGCGGCAUCGAGAGGCUGAUCCAGCGCCGGAGCCGGACCCACCACCACGUCAAGGACUCGGAGAAGCGCGUGCUCGCCCGCAAGGCCCUCAUGCAGCGCGUCCGCUCCCAGGAGCUCGGCAGGAAGCUCCGCGACAUCCUCAUCAAGAAGAUCAGGGGUCAAUGAGAGCAUAUUUAGUGAGGCGGCAGGAGGAUUACCAGUACUCCAUGCUCAAAAUUUAAUCCGUCCCCAGUGGUGAACUGUAGGAAAUGAACUGAUGUUUUCCUGUAUGGAUCUAUUCAGAUAUUUAAAAAAACGUCAUUGUUACUGACUUGUAUUAAAGACGUGGUAAAUUGAGAAUUUUGUUAUGGCAUAAUUUGGUAUCUCUUAUUGAACUGCUAUUUGUCAAUGUGUUGCUUAAUAAUGUUAUAUGGAAUCAAA